UGCGGGCACCCACCGAGCUGUAGGUACAUAGACGCCAGGCAAUAACAUGUCGCCGGACAUCGCAUCUCUCGGCCCGUCCGUCGGGGCUAUGCUGCCGAUGUGCCGCCGCACGCCGUGUGCUGUGGGGACUUAUUACUGCCACCGCCGCCGCACCAACAGCCGGACCAGCGGGAUAUCUACGCGAAAGAGACAACCACGUUUGCUGCUGCCGCCGCGGCAAAUGCGCCUUCGGUGUUCGACAGGCAGACAGGCAGGUUUUGUUCCGUCCGACGAUGACGAUGGCGAUGGCGAUGGUGGAGUGAGAGAAAUGGAAACGGCCUCAAAACAGAGAUAGCAUCGGAUGCGGCUCACGGUGCUCGGGCUAUGUUCUCCGCGCGUGAGUGGGGAGAGUAGGCGUUUCCAGAGGCGUAUUCCUUUGGUGUAUUGUGUGGUUAGUUGUUGGCGCGCGGGGUGGUUUGGAAAGGUGGGAGACGGAGACCGGUGAACGCCGUAAGGCCGGAGGUGGCUUUGUGCGAGUAUUGGUUGUAUUAUCUGCUGGGUACAUGUGCCCUGCUGAACUGCCACUGCUGCUGUUUGUAGUGUCUUCCCUUCGUCUCUUCUUCGGUUGUAGAUGUAGUGAGCGCGAGUUGCUGCUGGUUGGCAUGAAUGUGUGUGCAGGGAUGCAGGGAAAACUUUACGGGCGCCGAAUACCCUGGAGCUUCACCUGAAACCCACCAGUUCCAAUCUAUCGAUUGCGCAGACCAAUUCCACUGCGCUCUCCCGUAGCGAAGGGCCCUCGUUUUGUUUCGAUCUCUCUCUCGGCUGUGCUUUUGGGUGCUUUUGGCUGCCAACUCGUGGUACUCGUGGCCUCUUGUUGCUUCUUGUAGAGUAGCACACAGCUUACCAGCAGGGGCGCGCGCGAAUUCCUACCGUUGCCAAGUGUUUUCGGAGUUUCUGUUUGUCAGUGAUUAUCGCUACCGCUGCUGCCGUGGAUGCUCUUUAGUGUGCAACUCAGCAAUACGCAUUCUUCCACAUCGCCGCGCGAAGUGUUUGCCAAUCGGAUCCAUAUCGGACUGAUUUUAUCAAAUUACCACCAUCUCCUCGGACGGAUUACUGCAGUGAACGCCAACAAGUGCGGUAUUGUGCAACCACAAAAUACCACAUCCUGAAGCAUUUUAGAGCUGUUGCCGCCGCAUUGCGAAAACUGAAGUCUACCGUUGAAGAGAAACAAGUGAAACAGACAAAUCGUGACUGAACCAAAUCAAAACUGUUGAACUGACUCGUGAAGUGAUCGUUCCAAAAGUGACACGUAAUUAUAAACGAACUCAACCUCGUAGCUAGAUCAAAUUAUCCACCAUUACCGCAUUAACUUCAAUUGUUUCUACGACAUCCUGACCGGCACCAAACUUAAUGCCAUCUAAACUGGUGCAAUUACCACAGUUCGCAAAACUCGCUGCACUCUUCGUCCCCUUGACGAAGCAACCGUGUGUGAUAACUCCGUAGUUCCAUUUCGCAAUCCCUCGAAGCAAACUGCCUUACAGUAGUCGCCGGGAACACUCCUCUCCAAAAUUAGCCUAAUACAGUCAUCUGCCAAUCCCUGUACAGUGUAACGCCCGCAGUCCCGAAAUUAGUUCAAUUAGCGUUUUGUACAACCUAAAAAUCGAAAAAUUCAAAACCGAAAAAAUUGUGAUACUUCGAUGUGCCUUUUGAAAGUAGUCCCGUGAAAGCUUCUGUUCAUUUUCGCUCAAAUCCGGAAUAAAUCACGACCCCGAAGAAACCCAGCUAAAAGUGUCAAGCCCCUCAAAAAAUAAAAAAUAAAUCCGGAGUGAUCAGUGCGGUGAGUGUCGAAGGCGAAGAAACCCCACCCGGGCCAGGCAGUGUGAACUUCCGAGAAAAUUGUGAACCGUGUGGUCCAUAGCCCAACCAACCCAAAACCCGUGCCACCGUGACCCACUACUCGAAAGGUGUGUGUAAGUGUUUUGUGAGCGUGGUGUUUGAAACCCCGUCCAACCUCCGCUCCAAACUCAGUUCAACAGCUCAACAGUUUCCGUGAAUCCUGAAGCGGCGCUGUUGAAGUGCUCGAAUUCAAUUCCCGGAAGGAACUUGCUCGUGAACUCUCUCAUCACCGCUGACGACGACGACGAACGCUGAUAAAGGCGCGUGGAGUAUUUCGGGACCGACAUGAUUAUGGUAAGACGGCAAUGAAAGCUUAAUUUUCGCACCUUCCGCUUCUCUUGAACGCCCUUCGGACGGACGCAGAGUGCGCUGAUUCCCCACAACAAGGAACACUGGCCGAGACGUCGACGACCAAGACGAUGCUCCUUAUGCUGAGGCUGCGUACCGAGCGGAUAUUGCCAAGCAAGUACAUAAUAGGGUAGUGCGCUCUCGCAAAUGAUAAUCACUGUAAUCUUCCAUUGCGGUGGGAUUAAAUAUCGGCGCUAAUACCUACCCGAACCGAACAGUGUGAGUGAGUAAGUGAAACCUGAAACCGACGUAGAACACGUGCUCUUGGCGAGCGCGAACCAACGGAGGCGCAAAAAGGAAAUUUCAAAACAACAAACGCAAUCCUAAGCUAAGGCAUAACGAACGAGCCAAGGCUCUUCGAAGAUCUCACGCAAAAAAAAGAAGAGAGAAAAAACAUUACUCCAAACGAAAUAACAUACCGCGCGACCCGCAUUGAAACACAACGAACAACGAAACAGCAUAACUGCGGAAAGCCGGAGAGAGCGCGAGCGGGUCGUCGUGAAACUUUUAACGAAACGGUACUAAAGUGGCCAAAGCAAACUCACGGUACAGCGGCGGUGGUGGCACCGUCGGAAGCACCGGCGGUAUGACGUUUCGUUGUGUUCCUUCGUACGACGCCAGCGCCCAAUGGACACUUACGCCGUCCCUUCAAUCGCAGCUGGAACGGCUCACUAGUCAUGGCGGCAUAGGACUCUCAGGUGGCAGUCCGGCAUAUACCACACACACCGGGGGCCACACGGGCCGCAACGGACCAACCAGUGGACACGGCGGCAGUCACGGCAGCUCGCACGGGCCCGGCCCUACCAUGCACCACCAGACGCUGCAGUCGGACUUCCAACCGCCGUAUUUCCCGCCUCCGUUCCACCACACCACCCAGAGCCCCCCGCAGCAGCAGAACCAUGGCCUGGAUUAUCUAAGUACGGACCCGUACGGUCAACCACUGUCCUCGCUACACCACGCUCCCCUGCAUCACUACAACCAGCUGGCUGGUUUGAGACCCUCGCAGGAGCAGCUGGGACUGCACCGAUCGCAUCGAGAAUCCGAACUGCAACAGCACGUGACACAACUCUCACAUGGUUUUCCGUACUCGGACCGGCGGAGUGACUACAGUGGAUCUAUCGGAAGCGGAGCGGGCGCCACCCGGUUAGGGGCGCACGAGCAUGACCCGCUGUCGCUGCACCAGGCGCUGCAGAGUGCCGUCGACGACGGCCAGAAUCCGGUGAUAGACGAGAACGCCGGGUUUAUGAGCGAUCUGCCGCUGUUGAAAAACUUCCCCAUCACCGACAUCAAGAAGGACAGCAGCCAGAUGAACAUGGGUUCCCCGUCGGACGUGUUCUGCUCCGUGCCCGGCCGGCUCAGUCUCCUCUCCAGCACCUCGAAAUACAAAGUUACGGUGGCAGAAGUGCAGCGGCGCCUGUCGCCCCCCGAGUGUCUCAACGCGUCACUGCUCGGAGGAGUUCUCAGACGGGCAAAGAGUAAAAACGGCGGCCGGUUGCUAAGGGAAAAGUUGGAGAAAAUCGGCUUGAACUUACCGGCGGGACGACGCAAGGCCGCGAACGUCACGCUGCUCACAUCCCUGGUGGAGGGGGAGGCCAUCCACCUGGCACGUGACUUUGGUUACGUCUGUGAGACGGAAUUCCCUGCCCGACAAGUCGCCGAAUACCUCUCGCGGCAAUACUCGGAACCGCAGGAAUCCUACCGGAGGAAAGAACUAUUGCUCAAUACUAAACAGAUUACAAAAGAACUAAUGGACCUGCUCAACCAGGAUCGGUCUCCUCUGUGCAACACCAGACCCCAACACAUUCUGGACCCCUCAAUCCAGCGACAUCUGACGCACUUUUCGCUCAUCUCGCACGGGUUCGGAUCGCCCGCCAUUGUGGCAGCGCUAACAGCCAUCCAAAACUUCCUCAACGAGUCCAUCAAACACCUGGACAAGAUGUACCCCGGCAACGGCGGCAGCAUGGUGACGUCCUCCCUCGACAAGAGCAAAAUGGACAGCGACAAGAAAUGACAGUUAUAAAAUUAUCUGUUCACCAAAAUUGAACGCUUUUAGCCGGACUUGAUGCGCUCGGUUCGGAAGCGGAAACUUCGGAACCGAAACAACAACAACAACAACAACCGAUGGAUGGCGCCAUCAUCGACAGCUGUAUCAUAGUAAAACCGCAGAAAGCCGCAAUGUGAUGUAUAAAAAAUGGAAAAAGGCGGCCGUAGGCGAGCAGUAAGCAAAUUUAUUAUACAGAAGGUUACACUAUGAGAUUUCAACACUCUAGAUUGAUUAUAAUUAAAUUAUUAUUGGUCACCACUUGCAAGCAACGUAAAUAUUUGAAAGUCUGCACGUUUUUUCUCUCGGUGUUCUCAAUAUAUUUAACUGUAAUCAAUUGAAGGCGCAUAAUCGUAAAAGGAAGUAUUGUUUUCUAUAUUUAAUAAUCCUUUUUGUGAUAGACUAUUGUUUAAUAAUCUUAGAAACUAGGAGCAUGUACAUUCCCAUUUUUAUUUGAUAAAUCAAUGGCCAUUGAUACUUGUUUCAUCUGCAAUUCCCAUUUUUAGCUAAAAUGAGCAAUAGUUGGGCGCCAAAGCUGACGCCCGACUAGAAAUGCAAAGCAAAGAUGACUGACAAGAGCACCUAUUAAACGAAUUUUAUUUAUUGUUUACUUUUAAGAAUAAAAACAACAAAGCAAACAAUGGAACCAUCUUUGACAAAAGAGCCGAUGAGGCUUAGAAAGUACUUGUGAAGUCAUGUGCCAAAACAAAGCAAAACAAACUUUACACAUAUUCUUCGACUAUUAACACCAUUUCCCCGCGCCAUAAACUCCAUGUGCCAACUCGGAACAGUUCUGCUCAAAAACAUCCUAACUUUCGAUGACUAUCUUUCCCUUCCCUCUCCUAUUAGUGCCAUGAUUCCAUUAUCACUAUUUAUCAUCGCGUCAGCCAUACUUGUUAUUCCCUAUAAAAAUUCACAUUGUCGAACAGAAAGAGGCAAACCAUAUCAUUCCUAUCAUGCGCAUAGAGCUCACAUAAUCAUGACGAAACGUCAUCCAUGCCAUAAAAUAUUUAUAGCACACAUGUGUGACAACAGAAAUGAAAAGCUCAAAACAUUUAUUGCCAACCGAAUGUUUCAGAUUUUUUCCACUCUUCCAGUUGUCGUCAAACAGUUCAAUCUGUAUGAUCGGAAAUCGUAUUUCGUGAAAAUAAUGUAACUAAAACAAGCGAAACUUUCACCUUGUGAAAGUUGUUGUACAUGUACAAAAUAAAUCGACUAGCAAAAGGAGAUCUAUUAUUACACAUUUUUUCGAAGAAGGAAAAACAAUUAACUUAAGCAUAGCAAGCCAAGCAAAAAGGUGUAAAUUUUAUUAUCGGAAAUUGCCCACAUUUUGAAGCCCAUUCUCACGUGAACACACAAACAAAAACACUCCGAACAAUUCAUCACACAUCACUUCAUUCACGAUUUCACCACACAAACAAACGCAUAUUGGUCAAAAGAGAUGUGAACUGUUUCACACGGUUCGUUGUAAAUUUAAGCCAGUUUUCAAAUACAAAAGCAAAUUGUCCGUACGUACGCAUCGCAAGCCAAAACAUGACACAAAACUCUCACAAAGCAAUGUCCAAGACAUUCCCGUUUGAAUACAAAACAAAAAAAAACUAGCAAGCCCGUCGCAAUGAAAAGCACAAAAAUUACCGACAAAAAAAACAAAA